AUGCCCUUUGGCCUCAAGAACGUCGGUGCUACUUAUCAGUGGCUGGUGAAUGAGGUGUUCAAGGACCAGCUCGGCCGCAACGUUGGAGAGUACGUUGAUGACAUGCUUGUGAAAAGCAAGAAGGUUGAACACCAUCUAGCUGAUCUCAGGAGAGUCUUUGGCACCCUUAGGAAGUACAACACCUUAAUGGGCGGGCCACUUGUUGGGUUUGAUAUAAAUGGUGAGUUUAAGGCGGAAUGGUUGCCAGAAGGAUUCGAAGAAAGUGUUACCAAGAGUAGACAAGGUCUCGUUGUGCGAAAAUGGGCACCUCAGUUGGAGAUUCUCUCGCACAAAUCGAAGAGCGUGUUUCUUAGCCACUGUGGAUGGAAUUCGGUUUUGGAGAGCUUGAGCCAAGGGGUGCCGAUUAUAGGGUGGCCAUUGGUAGCAGAACAGGCUUAUAAUUCGAAGUUGAUGGAAGAGGAGAUAGGUGUUUGUGUGGAAUUGGCAAGGGGACUGGACGGUAGGGUCAUGAGUGGGGAGGUGGAGAGAGAAAUUAAGUUGGUGAUGGGUGGGGGAGAAAAUGGGAAGGAGAUGAAGAUGAAGGCGAGUGAAGCUGCAAGAAAGGUAAGAGCUGCAGUGGAAAAAGGAGAUCAGUUGGGGUCUUCGAUUAAGGCACUUGACGGUUUUUUAGAGAUUGCGUUGUCGUAG